AUGGGAAAUGCUGGCGUCGUCGAAAUUUUCCUUGCCAUAAUUUCAGUCGUUGCUUUCAUCGGAAACGGUCUCGUCGUCUUCUUACUUCUAAAGAAACGGGAUUGGUCGAAAAAGGUCCAUUCUUGCCUCCUAUUGGCUCUCGCUGUCCAAGAUAUCUUAACAGCAAUUGCACUUUUUGGUUUGCCCGGUUUUGUCCUACCCUCAGACGCUUACGAGCUGCCCGAAGGCGCAUGGUCAAGACAAUUAUUUUGUAGUUUAAUCUGGUCCAGAUAUAUCGCGUUUGCUCUCGCUAUUACGUCUGUUUAUACAUGUUUAAUGUUAGCUGUGGAUCGGUUGGUCGCAGUUUUUCGGCCCAUGUCUUACAGGCGGUUUAGUAUCUCGGGAAACGUCAUAGCAAUUAUGGUUAUUCUACCGUGGUUCGCUGGGUUUGGGUUUGAGAUCAAUACUGCGUUAAACGUUAGGUAUUUCGUGCAAAGUGAUGAGACUAGUGUUUGUAAAUGGAACCAGAUUGACAGUUCAGCAAGGAGCAAGAGUGUUGCGGUAUUCAUGUUUAUAGGUAUGGUAAUGAUUUGAGACGCACAGAUUUCAGGCUGGCCACCUCACACGAGCCACUGAAAUUUUGCGGAACUCCGAAGAUUAUAUAAAAUACAUCGAAGAGAUGAUUUUUUUACCAAUUAUUUCUCCUACGAACUAAAUGAAUUGCAUGGGAAAGUGACCUUGGAAAACUAGAAGAGGGAUUCGUGUCACCUUAGAUUUAGACUUUUUGAGAGAAUGGUUUUUGUGGAGAUUGGAGGGCGGUGCCCCCCCCCCUCCACUGGCUACGCCACUGCAAUUAGACUAAAAUGAUGUGCCAGCCAGCACUGAAACAGGACCCUCUUGUCACGAUAGACAAUACUCCUCUAAAUACACAUACACCAAAAUCCAGUAUGCUCAUGAGCACGCUCAUAUAUAUAUAAUAGUUGAACUUAUACUGAGAAGUGUUUAGAACUACUGACUUAUUCAGUAGUUUGUUUAGAUUCUGAAAUAACUCUCGAUCAAUAAGGAAUCACCAUAACUGGACAUCUAUGGAAAAAUGUUUAGAACUGAUAUAUAUAUAUAUAUAUAUUCAGCGCUUUGACUAUAAAUAAAUUAAAGUUACCAUAUUCUUCUCUUCCUUUUAGGCAUGAUUGUACUGCCUGCUAUCUUGAUGAUCUUGGUCUAUACGAAGAUCGUGCUCCGUCGUAA